AUGGCGCUCAAUCCACUGAGCUACACCAGCCAGGCCUCAUUGGUGCCUUUUACAGACCCUGUGGGUUCUGUCCAGUCUCUCAGUUGAACAAUGACCAUAGUUGACAAAGCCUCUGAAUCCUCAGACCCAUCGCCCUAUCAGAAUCCGCCCGGCAGCUCUGAGGCGGUCUCACCCGGAGACAUGGAUGCAGGGCCUGCCGGCUGGGGUGCUGUGUCUUCGUUGAACGAUGUUUCAAAUCACACGCUUUCUUUAGGACCAGUACCUGGUGCUGUAGUUUAUUCAAGUUCAUCUGUACCUGAUAAAUCAAAACCAUCACCACAAAAGGAUCAAGCCCUAGGGGAUGGCAUUGCUCCUCCGCAGAAAGUUCUCUUCCCGUCCGAGAAGAUUUGCCUGAAGUGGCAGCAGACGCACCGAGUGGGCGCCGGGCUGCAGAACCUGGGCAACACCUGCUUCGCCAACGCCGCGCUGCAGUGCCUGACCUACACGCCGCCCCUCGCCAACUACAUGCUGUCCCACGAGCACUCCAAGACCUGCCACGCAGAAGGGUUUUGUAUGAUGUGCACGAUGCAGGCACACAUCACCCAGGCCCUCAGUAACCCCGGGGACGUCAUCAAACCGAUGUUUGUCAUUAACGAGAUGCGGCGUAUAGCUAGGCACUUUCGGUUUGGAAACCAAGAAGACGCCCACGAGUUCCUUCAGUACACUGUUGACGCUAUGCAAAAAGCGUGCCUGAACGGCAGCAAUAAGUUAGACAGACACACCCAGGCCACCACGCUCGUUUGCCAGAUAUUUGGAGGAUACCUAAGAUCCAGAGUCAAAUGUUUAAAUUGCAAAGGCGUUUCAGACACUUUUGAUCCAUAUCUUGAUAUAACAUUGGAGAUAAAGGCCGCACAGAGUGUGAAUAAGGCGCUGGAGCAGUUUGUGAAGCCUGAGCAGCUGGACGGAGAGAACUCCUACAAGUGCAGCAAAUGUAAAAAGAUGGUUCCAGCUUCAAAGAGAUUCACCAUACACAGAUCCUCCAACGUUCUUACACUUUCUCUGAAACGCUUUGCAAAUUUUACCGGUGGAAAAAUUGCCAAGGACGUGAAAUACCCUGAGUACCUUGACAUUCGGCCAUACAUGUCUCAACCGAACGGGGAGCCCAUCGUUUACGUCUUGUACGCGGUCCUGGUGCACACCGGCUUCAACUGCCACGCGGGCCACUACUUCUGCUACAUCAAGGCGAGCAACGGCCUCUGGUACCAGAUGAACGACUCCAUCGUGUCCACCAGCGACAUCAGGGCGGUCCUCAGCCAGCAGGCGUACGUGCUCUUCUACAUCAGGUCCCACGAUGUGAAAAACGGAGGCGGAGGCGAGCUCACUCACCCCGCCCACAGCCCCGGCCAGUCCUCGCCCCGGCCGGUGAUCAGCCAGCGCGUCGUCAGCGGCAAGCCGGCCGCGCCAGGGUUCAUCGGACCGCAGCUCCCCACGCACGUGAUGAAGAACCCGCCCCACGUGAACGGGACCGGGCCGCUGAAAGAGACGCCGAGCAGCUCCCUGUCGAGCCCGAACGGAAACGCCAGCAUCAGCAGGGCUGGCCCCGUCAGUGCCUCGACCUCUGUUCAGAACUGGUCAGUGAGCAGGUCCUCAGUUAUUCCGGAACACCCCAAGAAACAAAAAAUCACAAUCAGUAUUCACAACAAGUUCCCUGUCCGCCAAGGUCAGUCGCAGCCCAGCCUGCACGGCAGUCCUUUGGAGAGCCCUGCCAGGCCCGCCCCCUCUUCUACCGUUACCAAUUCUUCCGCAAUGCAGUCUACCUCGAGCGCUGCUCCCGUGUCGUCGGGGCCCGGCCAGGGCCCCAGGCAGCCGGCCCCGAGUGAGUCCUGCUCCAAGCCGGUGGUGAAUGGCAAGUCCAAGCUGAGCUCCAGCGUCCUGGUCCCCUACGGCGCCGAGUCCUCGGAGGAGUCCGACGAGGAGGCCAAGGGCCUCGGCCGGGAGAAUGGCCUGGGCGCGGCCGAGAGCUCGCGCGCCUCCGCUCAGGACGCUGCCGACGGGGACGAGGCCCCUGCGCACGAGCCCCUCCGAGAGCCUGCUCCUCUGAACGGUGCUAGUGACAGCGCGGGCGGCGGCCCGAAGGAAAACGGUCUGUUGUUCGACGGCGCCAGUUGCCAAGUCCAGCCUGCUCUGCACUCAGAAAACCCCUUUUCCAAGGCAAAUGGCCUGCCCGGGAAGCUGAUGCCUGCUCCUCUGCCACCGCUCCCAGAAGACAAAAUCUUAGAGACCUUCAAACUCGGCAGCAGAGGGACGACAGGCUCGCCGGAGGAAGCCAGUGCCGCCGGAGCCGGAACCGAGGGAAGCCCGACCGUGCACCCCGAGGCUGGCCUGGAGCCUGGCAGCCCCGCCCCUGACGGCCGGGAGAAACUGGGGGCCGUCCCCAGCCCCAGCAGCAAGUUCAAGAAGGCUCCGCCGCGCUCAGACCCCAGCACCAGGUCUACCAAAGAAGAGGUCCCUGAGACCGCCGCAGCAGAACCGGGGGGGUCUUCGCCCGGCCCCGACCACCUCUGUGACGCCGCCAAGACCACCACCGGGGACGACCGCCUCCCUCAACUGUGUGAGCCCGGGGAUUUAACAGGCGAGCAGAGCAGAGCAGCCCAGGACGUGACAGGGACAUCAUCAGAGAGUCCCCAGGACGCGGCAGCAGUGGAAGCCACGGGGAGGCUGAGCCCGCGCCCCUCGGCAGGGGCCGAGGGCAACGGUGCGCAGGGACCCGCGGUGCCCAGUGGCCGAGACCAGGGCGGGGAGGCAGGAGCGGAAGAGGCGCCCCAGGGCGCGGGGGUACCUGCCGACGAGCUGCCCUGUCCUCCGCUGGACAAGGUCACGGAAGGCCAUUCAGAAGCGGGUGGGGCUCCUCAGCAAAGUUCCGGGGACCAGCGUGAAGAGGCUGAGGCUGGGCAGAGAGUCCAAGAUCAUUCCCCAGUUAAGGAAAAGAUCAGCAACCUCCGAAAAGUGGACCGAGGACAUUACCGCAACCGGAGAGACCGCUCCUCCAGCGGGGAGCGCCCGAGGGACAGCCGGAGCAAGACCGAGGACCAUCACCACAGGAGGCGGCACCCCUACGUGCGGGAGCGGGCGCCACAGGGCCGCUUCAGGCCGGAGCACGGCGGCGGGGGCCCACACUCCCCCUGCCAGCACCACGGCCCGGCCCGGCACCGCCACCACCGCUCCCGGAGCAGAGGCCGGUCCGACCAGGGCUGGGGCACCUACCGCCACUCGGAGGAGCACUCCUGGGGCCGGGAGAGGUGCUACCCAGACAAGAGGAGGUGGGACAAGUGCAGGUAUUACCACGACAGGUACGCCCCGUACACGGCGAGGGAGGCGUGGGAGUGGAGGCCUCUGCACGGCGACCGGGACUACGACCGCCUGGGCCAGCAUGGCGGCCAGCCGUGCAGGGACUACUACCGGGGCCGGAAGGGCUGCGAGCUGGCCGCCAGGGAGCGGGAGCGGCACCGCUUCAGCAGCCCCCGCGCGGGCCCGCCCCACGCCCCGCCUCCCUGCCCGGAGAAGUACCCCCACGAGAAGCACCCCCACGAGAAGACCCCCCACGAGAAGCACCCCCACGAGAAGACCCCCCACGAGAACUACCCCCACGAGAAGACGGCACUGGGACCCGAAGGCAGCAGCUGUCACCUCGCCGAUCAGUUUCAUGAACACAAAGAAGUGAAGUCACGGAAACGGAGGUACGACAGUGUGGAACGGAGUGAUGCCUACGCAGAGAAGAAAGCCUGGAGAAGCUCGCCACGGGGCCCUUUAGAAGAACCUAAAGUGAAGAAGCACAAAAAGUCAAAGAAGAAAAAGAAAUCCAAAGACAAGCACCGAGAGCGCGAUUCCAGGCACCCGCAGGACUCGGACCUCUCGGGAGCGCACUCCGACGCGGACCUCCACAGGCACAGGAAGAAGAAGAAGAAAAAGAAGAGACACUCGAGGAAAUCCGAGGACUUGGGUAAAGACGCAGGACCGCACUUAGCUAAGGCCACCAGCUCGGAGACUGCCGACCGUUUCCGGAGGACGGAGGGCCCCCCGCUCACCGACAGCCUGUCCCUGGAAGGGGCUGGGCCUCUGCGCGAGAAGGCGAGACACUUCCGCAUGGCCGGCAGGGGCGACCGGUGUCACGUGUCGGAGUGUGGCCAGGGUGACUGAAGACUCGGCCUCAAAACCAGGACGCCACUAGUCACGAUUCGACAUGUUCAACAGAAGCCAUCCCCAACCCAGCUUAAAUUAUAAAUAUAGAAAAUAACCUUGUUCAAAUCUGCGUGGUGCUUCUUUAGUAAAUACUGUACAGAUUUUACCAUGGACAACUUUUUUUUUAGUUUUUACCUUUUCUUAAUUACCCUUAUUCCAAAUGGACGAACACUUUCUACAACUGCUGAGCAUUGUAAAAUACCGUGUAUAUAAAUCACACUGAAAAUAACGCCCUGGACUAGAACAUCUCAAAUGCUGCUUACUCCCAGACUCAGGUCGAUCACUGCAUCCCACGCGAUGCUCCUCCAAGUCCGACAGCCGGCGCGAGGCCAGCCGGGAGGCCAGAGCUGUUCCCCGCGCGACCGACAGUAUGUACAUUUAAUUUAAAGACUUAUUUAAAGCUCCACCAGCUCUCAGCCAGGCUUCUGAGAGCAGUCUGUUUUCUGUAACGUCUGAUACUAGAAACUAAUUUGCUUCAUAUUUUAGUUGUAUUCAAGAUUUGAAGGUGUAUUUUAUAGACAAGUUCUGUUUUUGAACUUUGUGGAACUAUUCCAAUCAAUUCACCAGUUAUGAUGAGUAUUUACAUUAUGAAUGUAUAACCCAGACAUUAUUUGUAAAGCCUACAGUGCGUUUUUUAUUACACAACACUCUUUUAUACAGUGUCCCUUGUCUUGACUAUGAUACCAGAGUCUGAGUUGUGAGCUUGGUCCCUUGAAAGUUUCUAGUUACAGACACAAUCAUACUGUGGUUUUAUUUUUAAUAUGGAUAUGCUAUCAAACUGUGAUACACUUAUAACUCACUGGUCCUGCAUCAGGAGAUGGGGUGGGGAAAACUGUAUUUGAUACAGUUUGUAUCUGAAUAAUCUGUAUGGUUUAUACAGUUCGUGUUGUUCAGAGAUGUCUAAAGUUUGAUCUUUGUUUUUUUAAAGAUUAAAAAAAGUACUUGCCCCACUGUAAAUAUACAGCAUGUAAAAUUUAUAGAGUAUAUAAAUGGCAGCAAACUACUAAACACCUGUGUCUUAUUUUUCACUGCUGUCCGCCCCAUCUGCUUACAGACACACC